AUGAUAACCAUCUUCAAGUCAUAUGGGUUGUGGGCUCUGGUCAAUCUAAGUCUCAGAAGAAUUGGAAUCCGAAGGGCAAACCAUGGGAAUCAAACUCCAAGUCUCAACACACCAAUUUUGCACAGAACUCAACAGUGGGUCAAGAAGGUUCAAAACCACAGUGCAAAGUGUGUUCUAAAUUCCACUUUGUGUACUGCAAGCAAGAAUGUGCAGAAAGCAAACUGUGCAAACCAAAUGGAAGUGACUGGAAAUCUAUUCUAUGCCAACAGUACCAUUCAUGCCAUAAAUGUUACUGGAGAAUGGUAUGAUAGUGGGUGUAGCAACCACAUGACUGGAAAUAGGAGUUUGCUGACAGAUAUUAGAACAAAUGUGGUAGACAAGGUGCAAAUGCCAAAUGGUGAGCUUGUGAAUGUAGCUGGAAUGAGCACAUUGGCAAUUGAUACUACCAAAGGCAGAAAGUAUAUCAAGGAAGUGAUGUAUCUUCCCGGGUUGAAAGAAAAUUUACUAAGUGUGGGCCAAAUGGAUGAACACGGCUACUACCUAGUAUUUGGAGGAAAAGUGUGCAGCAUCUUUGAAGGUCCUUCACUAGAGUGUCUUGUAAUCAAAGUGGAGAUGAAAAGGAAUAGGUUGGGUCAUUUACAUCUAAAAGGACUAAGUCAACUUAAAGAGAAGGAUAUGGUGCAUGGACUGCCAUUCAUGGAAAAGGUUGAUGGAGUUUGUGAUGGAUGUCAGUUUGGAAAGCAGCAUCGAGAAUGGUUUCCAAAGAACCAAGCAUGGAGAGCAAGCAAUCCUCUUGAGCUAGUUCAUGUGGAUUUGUGUGGACCUAUGCAAAAUGAAUCCAUUGCUGUAAACAAGUACUUCAUGCUCCUUAUUGAUGAUUUUUCAAGAAUGGUUUGGGUUUAUUUUCGCAGAUACAAAUAUGAUGCACUGAAUUGUUUUCAAAAAUUCAAGUCAAUGGUAGAAUUGCAAAGUGGCUUUAAGGUGAAGUCUUUGAGAAGUGAUAGAGGAGGAGAGUUCACAUCUAGUGAAUUCAACAAGCUAUGUGAGGUUGAAGGGAUCCAAAGACAAAUCUCUAUGGCCUAUACUCCACAACAAAAUGGAGUAGUGGAGAGGAAAAAUAGGACUGUGGUGGAAAUGGCAAAAGCAAUGCUUCAUGAGAAAGGAUUGCCUUAUUAUCUGUGGGCAGAAGCUGUACAUACAGCUGUCUACUUGCUAAAUAGGUGCCCUACUAGAGCACUUGGAGAUAAAACACCAUUUGAGGCAUAUAGUGGGAGAAAACCAGGCCUGGCUCAUCUCAAAAUAUUUGGCUGCUUAUGUUAUGUACACAUACCAAGUGAAGUGAGGCAGAAGUUAGAUGCAAAAAGCACAAAGGGUAUUUUUGUAGGAUAUGCAAUCUGUGAAAAAGGUUAUAAAGUGUAUGAUCCUGCUACUAAGAAGAUUCUACUCUCAAGGGAUGUUGUGUUUGAUGAGAAUGCAGCUUGGGAUUGGAAACAAAUGUCUGAUAAACAAGGAAGUGUGAUCAAUCAUGAAGAGCAAGCUGAUCUGCCGAAUGAUUUAUCACAAGCGACACCUUCUAGAAGUCAUGAUCACCUUCAAACUCCAAGAACAAGUGAUAUAAGCAACAACAUGAGAAAUACUCAAGCUUAUGAUCACACUCCAUUAAAAUGGAGAAAUCUGGAUGAUGUUCUAGCUCAAUGCAAUCUUUGCAUUAUGGAACCAGAAAAAUUUGAUGAAGCUGCUAAGGAUGAGUCUUGGAUGAAAGCAAUGAAGGAUGAAUUGUCAAUGAUUGAGAAGAAUUCAACAUGGGAGCUGGUGGACAGACCAGCCAAUAAACCGAUAAUUGGAGUUAAGUGGGUGUUCAAAACUAAGCUGAACCUUGAUGGAUCAGUACAGAAGAACAAGGCACGGCUGGUUGCCAAAGGUUAUGCUCAAAAACCAGGUAUUGACUACAAUGAGACCUUUGCACCAGUGGCUAGACUUGAUACAAUCCGCACACUAGUUGCAUUGGCAGCACAAAAGAAUUGGAAAUUGUAUCAGCUAGAUGUCAAAUCUGCUUUUCUAAAUGGUGUCUUGGAAGAGGAGGUGUAUGUAGAUCAACCGGAUGGUUUUGUGGUCAAGGGGAGUGAAGAUAAGGUGUACAAGCUUCAUAAAGCUCUCUAUGACCUAAAACAGGCACCAAGAGCUUGGUACGGUGAGAUUGACACAUACUUUGCCCAAUGUGGAUUUACCAAGAGUCAAAGUGAGGUCACUCUCUAUACCAAAACCAGAGGAGAAGCAGAAAUUCUAAUAGUGUCCAUUUAUGUAGAUGACAUUGUCUAUACAGGGAGUUCUCAGUCAAUGUUAGAGGAGUUCAAACAAGACAUGAUGGUGAAAUAUGAAAUGACAGACUUGGGGCUCUUACAUCAUUUCUUAGGAAUGGGAGUCAUUCAAACUCACACUAGCAUUUUCCUUCACCAAAAGAAAUAUGCUGCAGCUUUGUUGAGAAAGUUUGGACUACAUGAAUGCAAACCAGUCUCUAUACCUUUGGUUACAACUAAGAAGUUAAGCAAAGAAGAUGGAAGUGGUCCAGCUAAUGAAGAGCAAUAUAGGAAGAUUGUGGGAAGCUUGCUAUACCUCACAGCUACAAGACCCGAUAUAAUGUAUGCAUCUAGUCUACUUGCUAGAUUUAUGCAUUGUCCUACUAAUAAGCAUUAUGGGACUGCUAAAAGAGUUCUCAGAUAUAUUCAGGGGACACUUGAUUAUGGCCUGGAGUAUUUGAAAUGGAGGAAUGCAAUGUUAAUUGGCUACUGUGAUAGUGACUGGAGUGGCUCAGUGGAUGACAGUAAGAGCACUUCAGGGUAUGCUUUCUCUUUUGGUAGUGGUGUUUUUGCUUGGGCAUCAGUCAAACAGAAUUGUGUUGCUCUUUCUACGGCAGAGGCAGAAUACAUCAGUGCUUCAGAAGCAACUGCACAGGCAAUUUGGCUCAGGUUUGUUUUGGAAGACUUUGGUGAAUUUCAAGCUGAAGCUACACCACUUCAUUGUGACAACACAGCAGCUAUUGCUAUCACAAAGAACCCUGUGUUUCACCAGAAAACUAAGCAUAUUGAUCGAAGGUAUCACUUCAUCAAGGAUGCUUUGCAAGAAGGAAUCAUUAACUUGAUUUACUGUCCUACAAAUGAGCAGCUGGCAGAUAUCUUCACAAAGUCAUUGGCUAAAGAUUGA